UUCUACAGCAUACUGUCGACUAUCAUAAGUCUAAUGUUUAUCCGUAGUAGGGUUUGUGGUCACGGGAGAAUGAUUUGCACAUCCGACGAUUCUACACGAUAAGAAGCUGGUCGGUCGUGCAGAAUCAAAUACGCCGUCUUUCCGUUGUCUGUUCCUUUGUUUUCUUUCUUCCCCUUUUAUACUAUCCUGACAAUAAUUGAUAAUUUUUGCCCUGCGACUUUACCAGCGCUCUAGUGGGGCGUAGAAAUCAAAAGAUCAUCAAACGCCAAAUUCUACCUGUCCGUGAGAUUUACCGAUUACCGAAGGAACGGCUGUACGGAGUGCUCAAGGAUUCUGCAGCAAUCCACCAUCGAGGUGCCCAUUUCAGUGGAAUAAUUGAUGCAAGUCGUUCGGAGCCUCCGAGUCUCCUCAAGCACAUCAGAUUCAGACCCUCUACCGCUGUUGGUGUCGUGAUUACUGACGAGUUCGGCCGAGGAAGAGUAGUUUUCAAACAGGCGACCUUCAAAUUCUGUGGAAGCAAACACGGCUUUCGACGUUGAAAACAAUAUUUCUUCGGCCAUAUAAUGGAACGGGAAAUCGAGUAAUUAGGACGGCCAGAAGUACUCAGUCAUCUAUCGAUAAACAGGGGCAUGAAUCCUCUUGACUAUAACUUUUCUUACACACUUGGACACACCUAGGACACCGCCGCGAGACGAUCCAGACGGAUAAAUACUUUUACUUCCGCUACCAGUCUACCCGAGUAGGCGGCAACUCCGUUGGUCAGAACUGCGCUUGUUCAGAAGGUGGGUUGAAAUAUUCCACUUUUGUCUGUGUUAGUGGAUCUUUGCACCCAUAUCGUUGCGAAGUGGCUGCGUUUGGAUUCGUAUGUUUGAUUUCAUCCGUGUGUGACAUACUCUUACCCUAUGCUAUUUCCUUAGUACAUUUUCUUUAUGGCAGCUGCGAUAUUCAUCAAUUCCUAAGAGCAGCAAUUACUUUACAUAAUAUAGAAGCUUCCAACGUGGUUGCUUGCAUAAUCUGCAAUAUGGUCUUGAGGAAGGUACUUGGGAGUAUGGGCUCUUUCCCUUUGGACUUGCACUUUCCAUCAUUAAAUAAACUUUUGCGUUUAGCUUAACCAUGCAUCCGUAGUAACUUCGCUGACAUGCGUCUAUUCUGUAGCAUUUUUCUUUAUGGUAACGGGGUUGUGAGAUAUCUACACUGAGAUUCUCUCGCAUAGAAGUCCUAAAAUUGGUAUUUCAACCAAGGAUGCAUCGAACCAGGCAACUACCAGCUGAUACUCCGCUUCUACGAGUAUCCAGACCUGUCUCAGCAUGUUCAAGAUGUGAGUUUAUUCAGCGAGCAGUUUGAGGCAACUAGCUAAUACAUACUAGGUCGAGCCGCAAAAGUCAAGGUCUAGAACUUCUGGCCUUAAAUAGGAGUCAACUAACAAUUAUAUAGUGCGACGGAAAAUUACCCGCAUGUAGUGCAUGUGAGAAGUCUGGACGAGCGAGCGAAUGUUCGAGUGCAAAUGAUCAGUUCGCGAAGGGAAAGGAGAGGAGGUUAGGAGAUUAUCCCUAUUUUUUUAUUUUUUGUAGCUAACGGCCAGAAGUUAUGUUGCUUCUCUUGAAUCUCGAGUCGAGAAGCUCGAAAAACGUUUGGCAUAUGCUAGAUUAAGGAAAGCAUCUGUUGCGAUGCAUGAUUUAGAUACGCCAACGGAACUGCCAGAUCGGAAAGACUCUCUGGCUACGAUAAGAGCCGUGAUUCACGGUAAGGCGGCAAGAAAGAGGGAGGCUGCUGACGUAAAUGAGCUGGUUUCCGAUUUUGGUUUUCUGUGAGAUAUUCACAUUCCUCUUACAUGAAGGUUUUAUGCUGACCUGUAGAUCUGUGCAUGCUACUACGCGUGACUUCGAAUCCUCUACGACUAACAUGACAUUCGCCAGACUUAUUCUUUCAGCGGCCAAUCAUGACGAAUUACCUGAGCCCUGGUCUUUACAAUUGCCACCAAGACCUGCGGCAACGAAAUUGAUCCAAUAUUAUCUGGACAACAUAUUUGCUCUGUAUCCGAUUGUUUCCGAGACUGCUCUAUUCAAUGCAUUGGAUAAAAUUUAUCCGGGCAAUAGUCAACGGGUCACUGAUUUCGAGCAUUGGCUGUUCUAUAUGGUCCUAGCCAUAUCAUCUACAGCUCAAUCCCGAAGUCAUUUAGACUCCAAAUACGAGGAAGGUGUUUGUUGGGCUGGCCGUGCGCUUGCAUACGCUGACCAUGUUCUUAUGCCUGGUCAUGUCUCCCAAAUCCAGGCCCUGGUUCUGUUCGUUCAAUAUGCAAUGCUUGAUCCAGCUCACUUUGACAGUUGGCAGUUGAUGGGCUUUACUUGUCGAGCAAUUGUCGAUUUGGGAUUUCAUCAGGACCCACCUGGAGAGCAGCAACCUGACAGGAAGGCCUUAGAUAUGAGGAGGAGGAUAUUUUAUUGCGUUUAUUCGCUCGACAGGUAAGUGAAUCCUCCUCAUCAAAAGAAUGAAUGUUCAUAAAAGUAGAUCCAUCAGCAUGGUCCACGCAAGGGCAUUUUCUUUCACGGACGACUCAUCUAAUGUUGAAUAUCCAUCCGCAUCGCCUACUCUCCCUUCAAUGGAUCACAGGGAUUCAGUCUCUGGACCCCAUUCCAUGGAAUCUGCCCAUCUGUUGUGGCAAUUAAGGCGUGCUCAAUCGAGUUGGUAUCAAGAGCUGUUUCAGUCCAGCCGAGAGCCAUUACCGCAAGGCUCGACGUAUCUCUGGAAGAUGUGCCGAGAAAUGCGAGAGUGGUCUGAGUCCUUUCCCGAUUCGCUGCCACUCGUCUUUAAGGAUUUCUUUGAUUUGGAACUACUUUAUAGUUACGUCUAUUGUCUUGCCCCGUCAUGUCGAGUCCACGUCGUAUCAGACUAUGCGAAGAAUUUAAUCUUUGAAUACGCCAUAACGUAUAUGCAGAGGAUUUUCCCCAUCAGCCAGGAUCCUAUCAACAAGGCAUUUUAUACCUACCACGACGCACUACGAGUAUAUUUUAUUGGUAGUCAAUUGAUGGCUGUGUUAUCCGGCAGUCAAGAUCAAAUAUUUAACGGAUCACGCAAUACUAGUGGGACGAGCUCUUCUUCCCCGCCGCCUCUUCCAUCAGUUACUGGGCUCGGUCAAAUUGACCGCAGCAUUAACUGUAUAAAUCAUAUCAAGGAGACUUUGAGGACAUUUGGUCAACGAUGGGAGGAUUCGAAAGCUCUUCUAUCUAGUUUUGACGCUCAAGCCGAGCCAAUUAUCAUAAGCUUACACAUGAGGAAACAGCAGCACCAACAGUAUGUCAAGGAAGAACCCUCCAUUGGUCAUAGCCCAAAUUAUAUGUCACCGACUGGCUAUGAUCAUACGGUUUAUCAAAUGGAGCACGAGUGGCCAGGUAUGAACCUGAUGUUUUCGAAUUCAGACGUCUCGGGAUUUAGUGGAGCUGGUCAUGGGGCUAGACCGCCCGGCCUGUAAAAUAGAUCUAACUACUCGAUGAAACGUUGACUGCAAACUAUCACAGUUUUUGGCCUGAUGAAAUAAAGUACACGUUUUUCAAUAAAUAAUUGCCAUCACUACCACUGCCCCUCGAAGUUUCUCAAAAUAGACAAAUCCGACUAUUAUGGAAAGAGUGACCGCUGACUUCCGGCCGUUCAUCUCAACGAGCUUCUCGUCCUUUCCUCGCGUUGAAAGAUUCAUUGUUUACUUUUUGGGGUACACCUAUUUCCGUACAUGUUUUCUUUUCAUCUCAUGCUUCUUCUGUUCAUUCGCAGCUUUUUAGAC